AUGGCGCCGCCCAGGAGGCACAGAACCCGAGCGCCGCUCGUGGGCUACCUGCCUCUGGUGCUGAUGGUGGUUGCUCUCAGCGGAUGGGGCUUCUGGCUGCUCCCGCGGCUGCUGGGGUCCCAGGCCGGGUCGGCAGGCAAGGGCCUGCGGUUGGUGCCAGUGGCUGUGCCCCAGGCCCGCUCCCGCACCCUGGUGGUCUACGUCUUUGGCGGAUCCGACCCAGAGUACGCCGACAACCUGCGCUUCUUCGUCAACGAGGCGGUCAAGGAGGGCGACAACUGCGACUAUAUCAUCGUGCUGCAGCAGGACAAGGACCUGAGCCUGCCCGAGCCGCUGCCCAGCCUGCCGCGCAACGCGCGCUACCUGCAGCACGCCAACGAGUGCUUCGACAUCGGCACCGUGGGCUGGGUGCUGCAGGCGCACGUGCCGCGCCGCGCCGCCUACCGCUACUUCGUCUGGCUCAACUCCUCGGUGCGGGGCCCCUUCCUGCCCGCCUACCUCUCCGGCGCGGUGCACUGGACUGAGCCGCUCCUCUCCAAGCUCAACGACCGCGUCAAGCUGGUGGGCCCCACCAUCAACUGCGGGCGGGCCUACGACCUGCCCCCCACGGUGCACGUCCAGUCGUACGUCACCGCCACCGACGCGGCGGGGCUGGAGGUGCUGCUGGCUACCGGCACGGUGUUCAAGUGCUGGGGCCACAUCCACGAUACCAUCAUCUCCUCGGAGAUAGGCGCCUCCUCAGCCAUCAUGGCCGCCGGCUUCGGAAUCGACUCCCUCAUGCUGCGCUACAAGGGCGUGGACUGGCGGGACCCUGCCGUGCAGGACCACGCCUGCAACGGCGAGCUGAACCCGCUGCAGCCGGGGUUCAAUGACGGCAUCAAUGUGGAGCCGCUGGAGGUGAUGUUUAUCAAGGUCAAGGCUGCCAUGCUGGCAGCGGGCAACUGGCCCCAUGCCACCGCCGCCGUCAAGUACGCGCAGUGGGCGCGGCUGGCGAGGGAGGAGGCGGCGCGGGUGGCGGGCGGCGCGCGCGGCGCGUCGCCCCGCUGGCUGGCCGCCAUCGCGGCCAACGAGUGGCCGCAGGCGCGCGCGCCGGAGCUGCUGCGCGAGGCGCAGCGCAGGGGGCAGGCCUGCUUCGACCACAAGUUCUAUAUUGACAGCGGCUACGACCUGGCGUUCAUGUGGGAGCAGCCCGACCCGCCCGCCCUGGCCUGGGAGCAGUUCCUGGGCAUGGGGCUGUACGAGGGCAGGCCGUACCGCUUCACGCUGGAGGUGGCGGAGCGGGAGACCACCCUGCAGCUGCAGAAGGCUGAGGCAGUCGCCAUGGCGGUGCGCAGCGCGCGGGCCGAGCUGCGCAGGCUGGCAGGCGCCCAGCGCGCGGCGGAGGCAGAGGCGGCGGCUGCCACGGCAGGGGCGGCGGCAGCCAAGCAGGACUCUGCUGUGCUGGAGCGGCAGGUGCAGUCGGGGUGGGCGCCCAAGCUGGGGCAGACCGUGUUUGUGCCGCGCCUGAACAAGCGGGCCAAGGUGGUGGCGGUGGAUGGCACGGGCGGGCUCACGCUGCAGGCGGGGCUGCUCAAGGUCAGCGCCAGGGUGGACGAGGUGCGGCAGCAGUAG